CCCGGCUCGCGGCCACCGGCACCAGGAGCAGCCCCGGGCGGCGCGACGGUCCCCGCCAUGUCUGCGGCCAUGAGGCAGAGGUUUGACCAGUUCCUGCACGAGAAGAACCGCAUGACCGACCUCCUGGCCAAGCUCGAGGCCAAGACCGGCGUGAACCGCAGCUACAUCGCGCUCGGUGUCGUCGGGCUGGUGGCCCUGUACCUGGUGUUCGGUUAUGGCGCUUCUCUCCUCUGCAACCUGAUCGGAUUUGGCUACCCAGCCUACAUCUCGAUUAAAGCCAUAGAGAGUCCCAACAAAGACGAUGAUACUCAGUGGCUGACCUAUUGGGUAGUGUAUGGUGUAUUCAGCAUUGCCGAGUUCUUCUCUGACCUCUUCCUGUCAUGGUUUCCCUUCUAUUACAUGCUGAAGUGUGGCUUCCUGCUGUGGUGCAUGGCCCCCAGCCCUUCCAACGGUGCCGAGCUCCUCUACAAGCGCAUUAUCCGUCCUGUCUUCCUGAAGCACGAAGCCCAGGUAGAUGUUGUGGUGAAAGACCUGAAAGACAAAGCCAAGGAGACUGCAGAUGCCAUCACCAAAGAAGCCAAGAAAGCUGCUGUGAAUUUACUGGGUGAUGAAAAGAAGAGUACCUAAGCCAUGACUGGAUGGACCCUUUCUGCCCUCUCUAUACCUUCUUAUUAGAGCUUGCUAUUACUACAUUAGGGAUUGUGGUAUAAUUGUUUUAAUGUUACCUUGGACACAUUUUUGAUAUAUGAAAAAAAGGAAUGUGUUG